AUGGAAGGUUCAAGUCCUUCCAUUGAUCCAUUUUUUGACCCACUUGUAGGAUUUGAUUUUGAAAUUGAAUCAAAUUUUAUUGACAACCAUAUCAUGGCAGAGGAGAAGAAUGAUAUUGUGAUGGACACUGUAUCUUGGAAGCCGCGUGAGGAGUUUUUCAAGGGUUUCGUCGAUGUUUCUGGUUCGAACAGAAUGAACAGAAUAAAACAUAGUUCGGUAGUUGGUUACCGAAUUUUGAACAUGUUUUCGACGUGUAGUUACCGAAAUCUUAUGUACUUACUGAAAUGUUAUGUAAUUUUGGCAUGCCAAACGUUCGGCAGUUGGUUACCGAAUUUUGGUGACGCUUCAACGCACGGCAGCCAUAUAGGUCCAGUGACCAUAGCACCGGAGUGUACGACGGAGAAUGUGAGUGCGCACGGCAGCCACAUAGGUCCAAUGGCCCUAUAUGAUUUGACACGAGAGUUUACAACGGAGAAUGUUUUUGCAUCUGAAGAUAUGUUGAGAGAUUGGAUAACAUCUACCGGUAAGGAAAAUGGGUUUGUAAUUAUCAUAAAGUCGGCAGAGAGAAUGACAAAGAACCGAAGGCCAAGGAUGCGGUUUGCAUGCGAACGGGGUGGAAAGUUUAGACCGUUUAUCAACAAGGCAAAGGACAAAGGAGGUAAUGUGAAGGAGAAUGGCAAUGGCAAAGAAGCGAAGGCAAAGAAGAUAGCACGCGUCACAGGAACUAAGAAAUGCGAAUGCCCAUUUCAACUGAGAUGUGUUAAGGGGUUGGAAGGUUGGACUGUCACUGUCUACAACGGCAAUCACAAUCAUCCUCCUGCGAAACAGCUUGAGGGGCACGCUUAUCCCGCGAGGUUAUCUUUGGAGCAGUCGAAUAUGUUGGUGGAUAUGUGUGUUUCGUCAUUGUCUACACCGCGAGAGAUCCUAAGUCUAAUAAAGGGCAAAGAUGAAUUCAAUGUAAGUUCAAUUAAAACCAUCUACAACGCACGCUACAAGCAUGGGUUUAAGGACCGAGCGGAAAGAUCUCAAAUGCAAUAUUUAUUGGCUAAGUUACAAGAAUAUGGGUACAUCGAGUUUAAUCGGAAAGAUGACAAUGACUGUGUGAAGGACUUAUUUUGGUCACAUCCUACUUCUGGUGACAUGUUGCGUGCUUUCCCUCGGGUUUUGUUGAUGGAUUGCACAUACAAGACCAACAGAUACAGGUUUCCUUUGCUCCAGAUUGUUGGCAUUACAUCCACCGAGAAGACUUUUUCGGCUGCCUUUGCAUUCAUUGAUGGGGAGAAAGAGGAAAACUAUACGUGGGUGUUGGAGAAAUUGAAGAGUAUAAUGGAUCCUGCUGCACUUCCCGGUGUUAUUGUGACAGACAGGGAGUUAGCUCUAGUGAAUGCCAUUACAAGAGUGUUCCCAACGGCCAGCCAUCUUCUUUGUCGAUGGCAUAUUGGGCAAAAUGUAUAUGCCAAAUGUAGAAAGAUGUUUGAUGAGACGACUUGGGCUCUGUUUAAGCAUGCUUGGGAUUCACUGGUGUACUCACCGACUAUAUCUUUAUACGAGCAAACACUUUGUACAAUGAAGCGGGAGUUUGUGCUAUAUCCAGAUGCGCUUCUGUACGUUGAGACAAAUUGGUUGGGACCGUAUAGGCAGAAAUUUGUAUCAGCUUGGACGAACAAUGUUGAGUCUGAACAUGCGAAGCUGAAAUCCCACAUUGCGAAUUGCCAAGCCAACUUCUCGGCGGCCUGGGCUAAAAUGCAAGACUUGGUUAAAUUACAAAUCACGGAUAUAAAGGGUAGCUUUGAGAAAAGUUUGAAUUGUUGGCAGCACCAGUUUAGAAUUCCUAUCUUUGACCAUUUAAGGGGAGCUACUUCACAGACUGCCAUGGGUUUGAUGUUGCCGGAGAUUAAGAAAAUUGAUGACAUGGUCGUGGAGGACAAGGUUGACUGUGGCUGUCCUAUUCGCCGAAUCCAUGGUUUACCUUGUGCUCACGAGAUUGCUCCAUUCAAGAAUCGGGGUGAACCCAUACCGUUGUCAUUGAUUAAUGAUCAUUGGAAGAUGCUUUCGUUUGAGAAACAUAAAGAUGAUGGGACAAUUUUGAAACUAAUGAAUGCCGAUUGGAAUAUCUUUAUGGCCAAAAUGGUUGGCCAAAAUCCUAUGACCCAUAUGCAUUGGAUGAAGAGUUUAAAACCCAUUUUGAAUCCAUCAAUCAUAUCCCUGUCUUCACCCCAACAGAAGGUCCAGACCCGCGGUCGAAAGUCCGGUUCGGUCAAUAAGUCAAUGCGUAGGAACCCGUCUGAGUUUGAGUAUGUUGAGGCAUCCUUGGAAACUCCUAAGUCGGUCAAGGAAAAAACCCCCAAGGCUAAGGCAGUUGUGAAAAAAAGGCCCAAGGCGAAUGCCAUGGCGGAUGUGGAAACUCCCGACAAGACCACAAAAAAAAAAAGCAUCAAUGCGGUGGAUGAUAAUAGCCCCAGGGAAAGGCCAUUGUGA